AUUAAAAUAUAGAUACAGUUGUUACAAAACUAGACCGUCUUCCUCACGAACGCUCCGACCACCGUCUUCCUCACGAACGCUCCGACCUCCUCCUCUUCCUUCACUAUCGAAUUUCCUUCCUUCCUCUCACGCUUUAGAUUCUGCCCAUCAACUACUACAAGAAAACUGGGAAUAUGAAAUCAUUUCUUUAGGGCAUCCUCUGGUGAAUUUCUGCAACUGUCGUUUUCAUCUUAAAAUUCCGAUUUUUUCAUAACAUUGCAGAGGGAACAAAGUCAAAGAUGAACAUUGCUAUAAUUCAUCCAGAUCUUGGUAUAGGUGGGGCUGAAAGAUUAGUCGUGGAUGCAGCUGUUGAACUUGCAUCUCAUGGUCAUAAAGUUCAUAUUUUUACUGCACAUCAUGAUAAAAAUAGAUGCUUUGAGGAAACCAUUUCUGGUAUCUUUCCAGUUACUGUUUAUGGUUCCUUUCUUCCCCGUCAUAUAUUCUACCGUCUUCAUGCAUUGUGUGCAUAUCUCCGGUGCCUUUUUGUUGCUUUCUGUGUUCUUUUCAUGUGGCCCUCGUUUGAUGUAAUUCUGGCUGAUCAGGUCUCCGUGGUUAUCCCCAUCUUGAAACUUAAAAGGUCGACAAAGGUUGUAUUCUACUGUCAUUUUCCAGACUUGUUACUGGCUCAACAUUCAACUUUCCUCAGGAGGAUGUACAGGAAACCAAUAGACUAUGCAGAAGAAAUAACAACUGGAAUGGCCGAUUUGAUACUCGUUAACAGCAAAUUCACUGCAUCUACUUUUGCAAAUACUUUUAAGCAUCUAAAUGCUAAAGGAAUUCGACCAGCUGUCCUAUACCCAGCAGUCAACGUGGAUCAAUUCAAUGAACCCACUUCCUCUAAGCCAAAUUUUCUUUCCAUUAACCGCUUUGAAAGGAAGAAGAACAUACAAUUAGCAAUAUCAGCUUUUGCUAUGCUUUACUCGCCCAACGGAGCUUUAAAAAAUCGAGAUAAUACCAGUGCUUCUUUGACUGUUGCAGGUGGCUUUGAUAAACGGUUGAAGGAGAAUGUGGAGUACCUAGAAGAGCUUAAAGAUUUAGCUGAAAAGGAAGGGGUCUCUGAUAAAAUAAAUUUCAUCACAUCUUGCUCGACAGGUGAAAGGAAUGCUCUUCUUUCAGAAUGCCUGUGUGUCCUUUACACGCCAGAGAAUGAGCACUUUGGCAUUGUUCCUUUGGAAGCAAUGGCAGCUUAUAAACCUGUAAUUGCAUGUAAUAGUGGUGGUCCUGUGGAGUCAAUCAAGAAUGGUGUAACCGGCUUCCUUUGCAAUCCUUCACCGCAAGAGUUUUCCUCAGCAAUGGCUAACUUCAUAAAUGAUCCCCCGGGAGCAGAAGAAAUGGGCAAAGAAGCUAGGAGGCAUGUUGUCGAGUCAUUCUCUACAAAGACAUUUGGCAAGCAUUUAAAUAGAUAUCUUGUUGACAUUCACCGGGGAAAGGAGGAUUGAGCUUAACAUCAGAUACCAUGUUUUUUUGCCUCAAACUGUUAACUUUGUACUUUUAUUGUGUAUAGACAUGCAUACACAAUUUAAAUCUUAAUAACAGAGAUGACGACAUCUUCAAAUGUUGUAAGGUUUUCACUUUUAGAUAUUUGCUGAUAAUAUAAAAGGAAUUUUAAUGUA